AUGAACACCUUCGUCUUGCAGGCGUCCAAGUCCCUUUUCUCUUCUCCUGUUCUUCCCACUGCUGCUAGCCUGUUACAGAGGCUUCCGGCUUCGCUGCCAGGGCAGGGCAGGGCACAACAAGAAGACUACACAUACGAGCAGCAGAGUUUUGAGCUCGUGAUACUGACCUGCGAGGCGAGGCGAUUGGUCCCUGCGGGUUUCCUCGGCAAGCUCUGGAGCUUCGUGUCCUUCGUGCCCUUCUUCAUCCUCCUCCUGCUCCUGGGAUCCAUCAAAGCUGUCCUAGUCGGUCCGGUUACGGCUUCCAUCGUAUUCUUUGGGAGCUCUGCGGUUAUUAUUGGUCUCUGGCCUGCGCAUUUCAUCUGGACAUACUACUGUGUUCUUAAAACCGAAAGGAUCGGGCUGGAGUUGAAGAUUCUUAUUGGAACACUGUUACCAUUACCGCUGCUUCUCUUGCCCGGGCUUGCUAUUGUUGGGAGUCUUCUGGGUGGUAUAGGCUAUGGAGUUUUUGUACCUCUUAUGGUGACCUUUGAGGCUGUUGGCGAGGGUGUCACUGACAAGCUCACUCAUUGUUUUAUGGAUGGAACUGUAAGCACAAUAGCUGGAGCUUGCACGGUUGUCCGUGAUGUCACCGAUUUCUGCUUCCACUCGUACUCCUCUUUCAUGGAUGAUCUUAUUGAGAAAAUGGGGGACGAUGAAGCCCCUCUUGACAUCAAGUUGUCUUACCUACCACGAAGCAUGAUCGUUGCCUUCAUCGCUGUUCCAGUGGAUGUGCUGAUGAUAAGUGCAGUGGCUUUGUGGAAAAGCCCCUGCAUGUUGUUGAAAGGAUGGCAAAGGUUAUGUGAGGAUCUAGUUGGAAGGGAAGGGCCAUUUUUAGAAACUGUAUGUGUGCCUUUUGCUGGUUUGGCCAUUAUACUAUGGCCACUUGCUGUGAUUGGGGGGUUACUAGCUUCAUUUUUCAGCAGCUUCUUUUUCGGUUUUCGUGCAGGACUGAUUGCUUAUCAGGAGGCUUCUUUCCAAAUGGGACUUGCAUACAUGAUUUCAGCAGUAGCAAUUUUUGAUGAAUACACCAAUGAUUUGCUUUACCUAAGAGAAGGAUCAUGCCUUCCAAGGCCCAAAUACCUGAAAGCAGAUAUCAGGAAGUGUGAAACUGGCAAGGAAGGGCACAAGCUUACGACUGAACCUGAAGAGAGGCAACAAAAUGGCCAUCAUAAGCAUAGAAGGGUGUUGCAUCCAUCAAAGAAAUUCAUGCAAACAGUCCAGCGACUAAGACCGAUUCAAAUAUGGGAUUGGUUCUUCCGUUCCUGUGAGCUCAAUGGAAGGAUAUUACUGAGUGAGGGCCUGAUAACUGCCGAAGAUAUGGAGGAAUAUAUCACCAAAGGAAAAUGCAAGAAGUUAGGCGUUAAAUUACCUACCUGGUGUCUCUUUCAGUGUCUGUUACGAUCUGCAAAUUCUGAUUCGGACGGUUUGCUCAUAUCUGAUAAUGUCGAAGUGACAAACUUCAACUGGCCUAAAGACAGAGUAUUUGACUGGUUGCUCGGGCCACUUCUGGUCAUCAAGGAUCAAAUGAGGAAACUGGAGAUCACUGGAGACGAGGAGAUGUGCUUGAGGAAGCUGAUCAUGACAAACAAGAACGAGAAGCCAUCUGACUGGGACGCUUCCGGUUUCCCGUCAGACGACAAUAUAAAGAGAGGUCAGCUGCAAGCGAUAAUCAGAAGGUUGCAAGGGAUUGUGGCCAACAUGUCCCGAGUACCGAGUUUCAGGAGGCGCUUCAUCAACCUGGUGAAGGCAAUAUAUCUAGAGGCGAUCGAAGCAGGAGCUAUCGACGGAUCGCGUGACAUCAAACGCAAAGUUAAGGCGGAUGUUGGUACUGAAAGAUUCGGUGACAGAGGUGCGGAAGAUAUUGCCGGUUCAUCAACUCAACCUCAAUCGAACAUUGACAUGGUGUGA